AACCUCGCACCACAAUCUCGCCACUCCUUCCUUCACUUCUCCCACCCAUUCCCCUCGCUCCUCCCUGCCCUGUCCGUCCCACGCGCGCGUGUGCCGACUGUUAUCUCUCAUCGCACCGCGCAUGCUGCUACCGCCCCGGCUCGCUUUGUCCCGCAUGCACAUUCCACGCUCCGCUCUCGCGCCCCUCUCAACCGCGCAUCAACCCCUCCCGCCCCUCCCGCUCCCGUGCGUCUCUGUCCGCCAUGCGCCAUGCCCGCGCAUCCCCGCCCUGCCCACCUGCGCCACCCUCCGCGCGCUCCUCGCGCCGUUUGCAUUCGUCGCGACGCAGCGAGCGGCGCGAGGGAUCGUGGCGAAUGGCUCGGCAGCGGUGAGGGAGAUGAGCCUCUCCGCCGCCCGCCACGUGCUCGCUGCGCGCCGAUGCGAGUCUGCUUCGCCGCACUGCGGAAUAGGGGAGUGGGGUCGCGGUGAGGGGGGGGGACACAGGGCGAUGGGGUGGCGAGGCGGAAGACGCGGAGCGGCGGGGCGGAAGAUGGUGACGUGUGGGGUUGGGAGGGAGGGGGGGGAGAAGAGAGGAGGAGGAGAGAGAGAGGAAGGGGUGGAAAUAGAGGAGGAGAGUGAGAAUGAGGAGGGGAAGAGAGAGUGGUGGGAGGAGGAAUUCAGUGAGUUGGCGGAGGGGGAGAAGCGGGGGCAAGAGGGCGGAGGGGAAGGGGGGACGGUGGAGCAGGCGGGGGCGGAGGAGGCGCGGCGGGCGGCGGUGGUGGCGUACCUGGAGGGGGAGGGCGUGGCGGCGGAGCUGGUGGGCGACGUGGCGCUGCCGCUGGACGUGGGCGUGGUGCAGGAGAGAGUGGCGUUCCUCAGAUCGCUGGGACUGGACGUGGCCGAGGUGGUGGGGCGCUACCCGCCCGUGCUGUGUGGCAGCAUCACGCGCAACUACAUCCCCGUGCUGGCGCACCUGGAGAGCAUCCCCAUCCCGCGCGCGCACCUGCCCGCCUUCCUCACGUGCUACCCGCGUGUGCUCUUCUGCUCCGUGCGCAUCGACCUGCAGCCCGUGCUGCACUACCUGCUCGGCCUCGGCGUGCCGCCGCCCGCGCUUGGCUCCGUGCUGACGCGGUGCCCGCCGCUGCUGGGGCUGCGGCCGGAGGGCAGCAUGAGCACGAGCGUGGCGUACCUGGUGGGCAUCGGCGUGGACAUGAGGGCCAUUGGCGCCAUGGUGGUGCAGCUGCCGCAGCUGCUGGCCAUGCGCGCCGCCACCACCAUCCGCCCCAAGGCCGCCUUCCUCGCUCACGCCCUCGCCAUGCCGCUGCCGCACGUGGCUCGCCUGCUGCAGGCGCGCCCGCAGCUGCUGGCGCUGGACCUGAACCACCAGCUGCAUCCCGCCCUCGCUGCGCUGCAUGGUGCCGGGCUGUCCGUGCCGCAGAUGCGUGCCGCUGUCACCGCCUUCCCGCACCUGCUCGCCCUGCCCCUAGCCAACCUGCUGCCCCCCACCCUCCUCUGGCUCUCCUCGCACGCCCACCUGCCGCCCGCCUCCCUGGCAGGCGUGCUGGCAGGGCUGCCGCAGGUGGUGCUGGCGGACAAGGCGCAGAUGGCCCUCAAGCUGCAGGCGCUGCAGCAGCAUGGGUUCUCGCAGCAGCAGGUAGCGGCCGUGGUGGCAGGCUGCCCGCAGGUGCUGGGGCAGCGAGUGGAGACCAUUGGCAGGAAGCUCGCCCUGCUGCUGCUGCACAGGGCACACGCCGACGUGGUGGCCUUCCCACCCUGCCUUGCAUGCAAGGCGGAGGUGCUGAAGGAGAGGCUGGGAGCGGCACAAGCUGCUGGGGUGAGGGGCUCACUAGAGUGGCUGCUUGACUGCUCUGACACCACCUUCCAAGAACAUUUGAGAACUGAGCUUGUACCAUUGCCACCUCCUGUGGAGGUGGUCAUGCAAGAGUAUGAUUAAAGAUGCUGGAGCAUUCCAAUGUUGUGGUUGAAGUGCGGGCAUGUAAUCGUUCUUCAGGGAUACAUGUCGAUCUCAAGAAAGGCCUUUGAGUUACGUGCUUCAUGUUGUUUAGUACAGCAUUGUCUUCCCCAGGUAGGCAUGUCCUGCUCAGGGCCCAAAAUUGGUUUUAGGCCACCCU